AUGCACGAACGAGUUCCCAAAAGGUAUGUGAGAGAUAUGCAAAAUCCAAUAGAUUACUACAGUGACAAAGAGUUCAAAAACAGAUACAGAUUUUCUAAAACUUUAGUUAUUGAAUGUUUAAUGCCUCUAAUAUUUAAUGAAAUUGAAGCUGUCACUACAAUGAGGGGUUUACCAGUUCCUCAACUUAUUAAACUUUUAGCAGUAUUACGAUUUUAUGGAACAGGAAACAUUCAAUUAGUUUCGGGUGAUUUGGUUGAAAUUAGUCAACCAUCAAUAAGUAGAUGUGUUAAACAUAUUUCCCAGGUUAUUUUAAAAAGUUUUAAAAAAAUUAUAAAAUUUCCAUCAAACCCACAAGAACAAAGACAAAACCAAUUGUUAUUUUACAAUAUUGCAGGUAAUUUUUAG